UAUGGUACUUUGAUAUUUACACACUCAGAAACAAAAGGUACAAAAAGCUAAAAGGUACAUUUAGCUCUAAAUGGUACAUAUUUGUAAUGGUACAUUUUGAAAGGGUACCAUGCAAGUAACAGUUUUUACCUUUUUUCUGAGAGAAUACUAUGGUAUUUCUCUCAUGGAAAUGUUCAAAUAUCAUACUUUAGUACUGCCAUAAUUGAUACUGCCGUGGUAGAUGCAUGCACCCUUAGUCAUUUGUAAAGAUAUACUGAAGCUCGUAUGUGUUUCUGAUGUGAUGUGUUUUGUAGGAUAUAUCCAGGCCUGUCGAGCUCUGAUGAUAAUCGCUCUCAUUCUGGGUCUGCUGGCUGUCAUCAUGGCUGCGAUGGGACUCAAGUGCACUAAACUGGGCAGCACGUCUGAGGAGUCGAAGGGCAAGAUCAGCCUCACAGCCGGAGUCAUGUUCAUGCUGUCAGGUCUGUGUGUUAUGGUAGCCGUGUCGUGGUACGCCGCUCGAGUCGUUCAGGAGUUUAAUGAUCCUUUUUAUGGAGGAACAAAGUAUGAACUGGGCGCUGGUCUGUAUCUGGGAUGGGCGGCAGCAGCUCUGGCUAUACUGGGCGGAGCUAUCCUCUGCACUUCCUUUAAGAGCUCAAGACCUGCCAAAACACGGGGUCACAACUAUAACUACAGCGCUUCACAGCCGCAGAAGAUCUACAGAUCAGCCCCGUCAGAAAACAGUGUCUCCAAAGCUUAUGUCUGAGUGUCUUAUUUUGGCUUUCUUUUUUUUGUACAUGGAUGUGUGUGUAUUUUUUUGUACUUGCAUUUUAGAAGUCAACGCAUUGAGCUUAUUUAAUUGACUUACUUUGCAUGAUUCAUCAGUGUUUGAGUUCUUAUUUCAUAAUCUAGCAUCAAAGCGUAAAAUAGCUUUCUCAGCUUAUAUGAAAAGACUUCAGUCUUCAAGUCCAAUAGAUGCCGGUGGCAUUUCAGAUGAGGAUUUCAAUCAGCUUUUACUCAAUUCUGAUAUGAAGCACUCACUUUUCUCUCAGAAAAAAAGGUACAAAAGCUGUCACUGGGGCGGUACCUUUUCAAAAUUUACACUUU